AUGGCAAAAACCUUAAUAGAGUCCUACUUGCAGAGAUUAGAUUCUAUGUUAGUCCAAGAAAGGGUAGCUUUUUCUGAAGUUGAAGAUCAAAUAGAAAAGGUUGUGAACAAACUCAAGGAGAUUAGAGAUUCUUUUGAUGACAAAGAAAGUUGGAUAAAUGAAGUUAGAGAUGUCAUAAACGACAUGGAAUAUCAUAUAGACAAGUUUCUUAGCCAAAAAGAGAAGCAUGGAGCUGAUCAAACUACACUGAUUGAAUGCUUUAGAGAUGAUAUGCUGAAGAUUGAAGUUCUCCUUUCAGAAACCAUUCAAAGAGUGACUCAACUUGAUUCUAAUAUGAGCUCUCAUGAUCUAAAAGAAGGACAAACAUCAGCUUCUUCUUCUUCGAUUCUUUCAUCACUCGAAUCUGAUUAUUCGAAAUUAUCUGAGUGUCUUCAGGAUUGUUUGAUGUAUUGUUGCAUCUUCCCUGAGAAUUUCUUGAUUCAUAAAGGGAAACUUGUCCGACUACUAGUAGCCGAAGGUCUAAUCAAAGAAAAAGAAGGAAGACUAAUGGAGGAUAUAGCAGAAGAGCAUAUAGCUAAACUUGUCAACAAAGGCAUGCUUGAAAUAGAUUAUGAACUCUCAGGUAAUGCUACUAAACUCCAAGUUACUUCUAUUUACCGCGAAUUCUGUAUUCCCCAAAUAGAGGAAGGGAAGUUCAAAUCUUCAACUAGUGUUCCCCAUAAGGCAAGGUGUGUGGUGACUAAUUUAGACAUGUUGAAAGUUGACAAUUCCCAACUUUGUUCUCUGUUUCUUAUUGGGAAGCAAACACCUUUAGAAGAGAGAAAUGAGUGGUUGAAGUUGGAAGUUGCAAAGUUCUUAAGAGUUUUAGAUUUAGAAGGUACCAAAAUUAAAAGCCUUCCAGAUGUAGUGAGUGACUUGAUACACCUUAGAUAUCUUUGUUUGAAAGACACUGAGAUAACUGAGCUUCCAGAGGGCCUUAUCAAUUUAAAAGACCUUCAAACUUUGGAUAUUAGAUGGUGUGGAUACAUAGCAGAAAUACCAAAAUUUGUACUAAGUCUUUCAAACCUGAGGCACCUAAAAAUGAUGAAAAACUAUGGUGUUUGUGGGGUGAAGUUACCACAAGGGAUAGGAAGCCUUACAAAACUCUUGACACUUACUGGUAUAGACCCUAGUGGUGAAAUUGCAAGAGAAAUAGGUAAUUUGACAGAGCUCAGAAGACUUGGAGUAAUGGAUGUAACUGAGGAGGUUAUCAAUGAGCUAUCUUCUUCUAUUAUGAAGAUGCAGGGCCUUUUAAGCUUGUCACUAGAAUCAAAAAAAUCUAGGCUAACUGAAAAACUUGUUCUUGUGGAAUCAUUUUCGCCACCUUUAUCUCUACAAAAGCUUAAGCUUGAAGGCCAUUUGGAGAAGAUACCAAGUUGGCUUGGCUCAUUGGAAAGGCUUACAAACAUAAGAUUAGGUUACUCUCAUCUUUUGGAGAAUCCGGCUUUGGUACUUCAGUUCCUACCAAACUUGAAAGUCUUAACUCUUUGGCAUGCUUAUGAUGGAUUACAAAUGGGGAAAGAGUUUUGCAAGGCUGGUGGCUUUCCAAAACUUGAAAAUCUAACAAUGGCUUCUGAAUUUCUAGAGGAAUGGACAGAACUUGAAGAGGGAGCAUUACCGAGCUUAAAAUACCUCCUCUUUCAUAGCUGCAGACGGCUGAGGACUCUUCCCGAAGGCUUACAGUUUGUCACCACGCUGCAGCGUUUGCAGUUGAUGCCUUUGCUUGAUGAUCAUGAAGUAAGGUUGAAACCAGAUGGAGGACAAGAAAAUUAUAAGAUCAAACACAUACCGAUUGUAACAUACAUGACUACAUCUAUGAUACAAGAACUUUUCAAAGAGAGAAUGAUGAAUCAACAUCAUUAA